AUGAGAUUACCGAUUCCCGGUCUGGUAGAGGCAGAGGCAGAGGUUGUGGUGAUUGGGGUGGAGGAAGGGGCAGGGAUAGUGGCUGGGGUGCAAGAGGGCGUGGUGGAGGACCACCUCCCCCUCGUCGCCGUUCCCCUCCUCCCCCUCGUCGACGUCGCUCUCCCUCCCAUGACAAUGACAUCCACAGCUCUCGUUCUCCGCCCCCACAGCGUCGUCGUCGGUCACGUACACCAGAAUCAGACCGUUCUUCUCGGCCACCCUCCCGCUCACCGCCACCCGCUAAAGGUAAUCGCCGUCGUCCACGCUCAUACUCUCGCUCGCGCUCACCGCCGCCUCCCCGCGCCAACCGAAGAGACAGUCGCAUCGCAGCCCCCCACGCAGGAGGAGCAUCUCGCCGCGAGCAAGACGCUAUCGGAGUCCAAGUAG